AAAUGGUUGAACAUAUCGAAUGACUGCUACAGAUUAGGAUUGGUUAAAGUACAGAUCCGGCUCCACAAACCAUGAAGAAGAAUAUACUUAUUCUAGUAACAAUCCACCUCGCCUUAUUCACCUUAUCAUCAACAUCAGAAUGUCCUCAGAUACACCAUGAUUGUCAGUGUACACAGCCAGAAGAAGGCAUUCAUAUCAAAUGUCGAUUCCAAGAUAAUGAUCUGAUCAACAUAACACUCAUAAACUCAACUGGUAACGAAGAUAUAUUCAUCAAAGAACUAGAUCUGGAAUCCAAUAACUUAACAUCUCUCCCAAGUGCCUUUUUCAAUGGAGUGACUUUAAUAACACACAUCAAUUUACGAGACAACGAAUUCACUGAUGUACCAGAUAUACUUGAAGAUAUUGGUAAUAUAACUUGCCUUGACCUGGAGAAAAAUAAAAUCAAACUUCUGAAUAUGACAGCACAGAAUCUCAGGUCUGUACAAUCGGUAAACUUUGCCUAUAAUCAACUAGAUACAAUUAUUCUCCCAGAGAGUCUCCACUCAAUGAUAUUAUGGAACUUCUCCAAUAAUUUUCUGGAAGUAGUGCCUGAAAAUCUGUGGAGUAUUGCUGGUACUCUAGAUUUAUCAGACAAUAUUAUACAAAAUCUACCAAAAAUUCCAGAAUGCAGAUUGAAUGUUCUGAACCUUGAUAAUAAUAACUUAACCGAGAUUCCACCGCAUACGUUUGAGGACUGCAAAGAUCUACAGGAGCUAAAAUUACGUGGAAACAGGAUCUCGAAAUUAGACACCGAAUCGCUCAGUGGGUUGGAUGUUUUAUACCAACUUCAUCUAGAUAGGAAUCACUUGUCCUCUCUGAAGCCUGGAGUAUUCAGUAGUCUGCAUUUCUUGUUCACAUUAUCGUUGGCACAGAACAGGCUAUCCCUUCUGGAGCCUGCGAACUUUAAAGGCAUUGACGACACUCUUCAACAACUUAUAUUAAGUGGUAACCAACUCAGUGGACUAAGGAAUGACACAUUUUCCAUUCUUGAGAAGCUCCAUCGUUUGGACUUAUCAUUCAAUGAAGAAAUCACGGACAUCAGCGAUCUAGUGCUUCCACCUCAUCUUGCGUCAUUGGAUCUCCAGAACUGUUCUAUUAGAGAUCUACACAGUUGUAAGCUGAUGAAAUUAACUGAUUUACAAGAAAUCAAUCUAGCCGAUAAUAAUCUGACAUGCAGCUGCCAUUUAUCGAUGUUAUUUGGAUGGUAUAAGGAUCGCACUACCAAUGGAUAUACUUCAAGACCACAAACGCAAAACAAGUGGGAGUGUACCGUGUCGGAUUCAGACGUACCCCGUAUUGUAACAGAGGAUAUCAAGAACUGUGGCCGGCAUCAGGAUAUUGAACAGCACUGCGAAGAGGUGAGACUAGUGGUGUAUGACUUUACUCCCAUCAAGGUUAACACGAGCCUUGUCACCUCCGAUAACCUUAUCACAAUCCACUGGGAGGUUGAGGGCGAUAAAAGACAAAUUGUCGGAUAUAAAGUUUCUUACGAGUCUGAUGGAAAAGUGUUAUUCGAGUCACCAGUUCUCGGCAAGAAUCAACGGACCUUUGUGAUAAGCUUCGUAUCGCAACACGAUCAAUACUCAGUGUGUGUGGACGUCGUGGGAAAUGCUACCAGUGCUUUGACCUCGUCCUGUGAAACUGUAUCCGGCCAAUCUUUGGAUUAUUUGAUCGGUAUUAUGGCAGGAGUAGUAUUACUCUUGCCCUGUAUAGCGGCUCUCUUGUAUAUAUUACGUCGCGAUAAGAGGAUAAAAGAAGCCCAGUAUUCUCCCUUAGAUGAGAAAGUUGUUAAGCGUCAACCGAAUAAAAGCCAUACGGUUGUUGUGGAAGUCAGCGAGGCAGUAAACGUGGAACAUGCAGUUUGUCCAUACCAUGAAAAUAAGGCCUUCAACCCCUCGGAAGAGACGGUCAAUGAAGUUGUUCAUAAGAGCGAGACAGUAAAUUGUGAUUCGAACAAAGUACUUGAUGAAAACAAACCGGUUGUAACUGACUCGUCAUCAGACUCCUCUGAAAGUACCAAUAUGUGAAGGGAGGGUGAAUGAAUUUAUCACGUGCAAUAUUCUGAACUGUUGAAUAUAGACAAAAAUAUAAAUGCUUCAAAGAUGUCGUUAGUUGAAUCGUUAUGAAUGAAUUGCCAUUUCAUAACCAGGACUGUGAUGAGUGGUCGUACGAAGCAUACGUCGUUGAUCAAUGUUCUAUUCCAUUUUUAUCUAUCGUCUAUCGAUUACUGUAUUCACAUAAAACAGAUAAUCUUUAAGUGACGUUUAUGUGCAGAGCUAAUAUUAAAUAACGAAUCACAUUUUGGCUGUCGGAGACUAUCAACCAACUGUGUUCCGACAAUUCAAAUCGUAUUAGACUUCACAAGAAAUAACUGAUCACGUUUGUAUGGUAUACUACCCCUAUACACCAAAAUCGAUUGUCAUUAGCCAGUAAAAAAUUAGUUAGUACCAUGCCCUAAUAGGACAUGGGUAUAUCAAGCUCUCCCGAAUGAAUUUUUUGUUAAGUUACAACGUGGUUUUGUCAUGAACAAUUUUGUCAUGCGGAGCUUUUGAUUAGAUAUCUAGUCGAUUUCGUGGAUAUGGUUUGUAACCUAAAAUAUUUCUAUUGCAUCAAUAAACUGUUAAAAGAUCCAAAACGUGGAAGGAAAUAUAAAUGCUGUAAAAUGUUGUAUUGAUUUGUCAUUUGAAAUCCUUGUUUUGUUAUUAUAUAUCUCAAUAAAAAUAUCCUUCAUGUAGUAGGAUAAGCUGCUACCAAUUUCAAGGGAACUGAAA